AAAAAAAAAAAAAGAGAAGAUGAAUAAAAUUUAAGCCUACAGUGUAAAGGGGGAAGCCUUCUUUCAAAUAAUAUCAAUUAUGGCCGACGCUUCUACUGUCACUAUUAGAACUCGCAAGUUCCUUACCAACCGUUUGCUUCAACGUAAGCAAAUGGUCGUUGAUGUUAUCCAUCCUGGUCUUCCCAAUGUUUCCAAGGAUGAACUUCGUGAAAAGCUCAGCAAGAUGUAUAAGGCUGACAAGGAAGUUGUCUCUGUCUUUGGUUUCAAGACCCACUUUGGUGGUGGAAAGACCACUGGUUUCGCUUUGAUCUACGACUCUGUUGAAGCUCUCAAGAAGUUUGAACCCAAGCACCGUCUUGUUCGUAUCGGUCUUGCUGAAGCUCCCAAGGGUGGUCGUAAGCAACGCAAGGAAAAGAAGAACCGUGAGAAGAAGUUCCGUGGUGUCAGAAAGUCCAAGAAGCCCAGAAAGGAGUAAACUGUGUGUUUUAUUUACCUUUUUUUUUGCAUAUUCUUUUAUAAUUAAACAAAUGAUAGUGUAGAAGCUCUUUUUAUUUUUA